AUGCCAGUCCAGCCCUCCGCUUCAACACCUACACCAAAGCUUCACACUCGCCUCUUUCCACCUUCCCCAAACUGGAACGCCCCUAAGGCUAUUUCUGUCUCUCCACCUAUCCUAGCCUAUGCCAGUCGUGAUUUAGUAAUUCUUUUGCAUUCAGAUACGUUCGAAUAUAUCGGCUGUCUCGCAGGACAUGGAGAUAGAAUAAACGCGGUAGAGCUGUCUGAGAGAUAUUGCGCUAGCGGGGGGAGUGACAAUACUAUUAGGUGCUGGGAAGUAGAGACGCGGAAGCAAGUUGGAUACGUCAGUGGGUUCAAGGUUGUAAAUGAAGUGCUUUCGCUUGCCUGGACUACAAAUAAAGAGUUUGUUAUAGCCGGAGACAAAUCUGGAGAAAUAGUAGCAUGGGACACAAAGACAAACAAAUAUUCCAUAUCAGUCAUAGUAGCGUCACCAGUCUAUUGUAUAGCAGCCUCACCAACCGUUAAGGACGUAGUAGCAAUUGGAUAUCAGAAUGGAUCGAUUGUUAUUCUAAAAUAUGAUUCAAGUCUCCAAAACCAAAUUCUCUACCAAUUACAGGGUCAUGAUAGUGAAAUUCAAAGUUUAUCAUGGCAGCAAGCUAGUCCUACAUCUACGUCUGCAAUGUGCACGCCUUGCAACCCUUCAUCUUUUACUUAUCUCAUUUCCGGCUCAAAAGACAGAACAGUACGCAUUUGGAAUGUGCCUGAAGAGAGGACCGUUCGGUUGAUUGAACUUCCUAAACCCAAACAACGAUUAACUGAACAGCAAAAAAAUCGUUUGUGGCUUGCAUCGGUGUGGGUUCCGGGAAGUUGGAAAAUUAUUACGAGUUCAUACAUGGGUUAUUUAUAUGAAUGGGAUGUUGAUGCUAGCAAUUCGUCAAGUCUAAGUUUUGUUGGUGGACAUAAUAGAAGCGUAUUUGCAAUUGUUGCUUAUCCAUGCGGGACACGAGCCGUGACUAUUUCUAUGGAUAGACAGUUAAUAAUAUGGCAUCUUCAAACGCACCGACCUCACCAGUCUAUUCUUUGCCUAGGCAGUUAUGUCUACGAACUUGAUGUCUCCGUCCCCGACCCCACUAAGCUAGCAAUUGCUCUAGGAGAUAACACCAUUCGCGUUUGGAAUUACUCACACCCGUCCGAUUUGUUUAGUUCCAUAAUGUUAUGGAAAGGACUCAAAGGCAAGAUAACUAGUCUGAAAUGGCAUCCUACUCAAGAAGGUGUUCUUGCUUUUGGAACUGACAUGGGCUCAGUUGGCGUGUUUGAUGUCUAUAACGAGAAACAUAAAUUGUUUAAGAGUCACCAUAGAGGAAAAGUUUAUGCUAUUCAAUGGGGAGAGAAAAAGUGGAUUGAGAGGGAAACUGGUGUAGGAAGAGCUGAAGAUGAAAUGGAGGAGGAUGGAGAGUUGGAUGGAGAAGGAUCUAAUAGGGGGAAGAAGGAAGAGAGAAGAUCGAAAGGAAGUGAACCCGGAGAUAUGGUUAUAUUUAGUGUCGGUGCAGAUGGUGUUUGUCUGAUGAGUGAUUUGAAAAAAGCAAUUAAAGCAUCCGUAGAUUUGAGGGAAAUUAUUGAAGAAGCAAAUGCAGAGUGGACAGAGACUUUAAAGAGUAACCCGACAGAGUUACCGAAACGGAGUGAGGUGUCAAUCCAUCCUAAAGGCAAAUUCAUUGCAAUGGGGAAUACAAAUGGUACUAUUCAAGUAUUUGAAUUGCCUUCAUUUAGGAUGAUAUAUCAAUUUAAUGGACAUCGACAGACAGUCAACCGAAUAUGUUGGUGUGAUAAUGUUCCUGGAACAUCAAACUUUAGAGGUCCUAUACUAGCCUCCGGAGCUGAUGAUGGGAAGAUUGCUAUUCAUGACUUAUUUGAUUUGGAUAAAUUACACUCAACAAUCUCAAUCCCCACUUCAUCACCAGCGCUUGUACUCAAGUCCCACAAAAGAGGCAUUUCUGGCCUUGCAUGGUCACACACCUCCAAACUUCUAUCCUCAUCUUUUGACGGAACAGCUAUUGUGUGGGAUAUUACAACAGCUUUGCCUGUAUCAAUAUUCAGAGGAUACCAUCAGGGACGGCUAUUCAGUUGUGCAUGGAGUCCAAUUGAUGAAGAUUUGGUUUUUACUGGUGGAGAUGAUCAAAUGUGCUUUGCUUGGAAGCCAUCUGAACACCCCUAUACUGAGAUAUCAGAAAAAAGCUCUACUCCAGCACAGGCUACUUUCUCUCCUGCGGAAACAUCAAUAACACCUGCGCCACCAACGUUGAAAUCACCAGCAAAGAGAGAAGCUACUACUAAGAAAAAUGAGUCUCGUCAUAAGAGACAGAAAAAAGUGAACUUGUUCCCAUCAAGUUCUCUAGGAGUAUCAAGAAAAAAAAAUACAGAAAGACAUAUUUGA